UCGUUGUUGUGGGCGUGCAAAUGAAUUGAGUGCCAAAUAAACAAACUAGCAGUACGUCCGCGAACAGGAAUAGGCGAAUCUUCCUCGAGAAAACACACGUUUUAAACAUCAUGCAGUCAAUGACGCGGACGCGCGUACAGUAAAGCCUCCCGAUUGAGAACCCGGAGACAGCAAGGCCAAAAGCCAAAGGCGCAGAGAUUUUGUGGGAAACCAACCCAGAUCCAGCUCCAGACCCAGAUCCAUCGACUCCGGCCAAAUGAGCAGCGGAAUGAGGUCGCAGGACGGUCCGCGGGCGAAGGUCAAUGCCGCCAGCUCGCUGCUCACCCAGGAGGAAAAUGAUGCCGUCUUUAAGCUGCUGGGCAAGAAGUGUCAGACACUGAACACCGCCGUGGUGCAGAUCUACAAGACGGAGGGCAGUGCCCAUGCCCACUGGAAGAAGCGGCACACCGGAGUCGUCUGCUUCGUUAAGGAUAGCGCCAUCCGCUCAUAUUUCAUGCGCGCUUACUGUCUGAUCAAGAACGAACUGAUCUGGGAGCACGAGAUUUACGAUGGAAUGGAGGUGGUCAAAUCGCGUCCAUUUCUUCUCACUUUCGAGGGAAGCGAUGGUCAUGUAGGACUAAACUUUGUCUCCGAGGAGGAGUGCGACUCGUUUUUCCGCAUCGUGGACGCCACUAUUGAGACUCGCAACCGCAAGCGACAGGAAAAACGCAAUCGGCAGAAGAGCCAGCAGGCACCCAAUGCUCCAUUGCCCCAGGUGAACCGGGAGCCGGUGAGGCCACCGCCUAUGCAGAGCGGUAUGUCUGCCACGGACGGCGUUCAGAUGCGGAACAAUAAGAUCAAUUCGGUUACAUUAACGCCGGCGCCAGCGCUUUCAAAGAAACUAAUACCCAGCGGCUUUGGGCUGGGAAGCCAGGCGAAGGACAAAAAGCGCAAGGUGACAAAGGCGGACAUCAGCCAACCGACCAACUUCGUGCACCUCACCCACGUAGGAUGGGAUGAGAAAACAGGCUUCGAUCUUACGGGAAACGAAAAUGACGAGGUGCUAAACGAGAUCUUCGUCAAAGCAGGUGUCUCCCAAAUUGAGCUCAAUGAUCGAGAAACUCGCGAUUUUAUCUACGACUUCAUACAAACCAACAAUGUUCUGGCUUCGGUGAAGCAGAAUAGUGUGGAAUCCCCAACGGAAACGGCGACUCCCAUGCCGCCUCCGGUACCAACCCGUCAUCCUUCUAAUGGGAACCAAAGAACUGCACCUCCGCCGCCGGCAAGACAACCACCGCCCCCCGUGCCCUCCACUCUGCCGGGCGCAUCGCGAGCUCCUCCACCACCUAGCAGACCACCACCCAUUAGCAACGCACCACCACCACCGCCAGUCAGCGCUCCCGUUGUAGCGCCACCACCUCCACCACCGCCGCCACCAGCAGCGGUGCCGCCACCACCGCCCCCGCCCAUGCCAGUGGGAGAGAUCCCCGUCAUCACGACCACGCACGCACCUAAUCAAGCAGCCCGGCCAGCAGCCCCAGCGGCUCCAGAUCCACGCAAUGCACUAAUGGACGCCAUUCGCAAGGGAACUCAGUUAAAGAAAGUGGACACGGCUGCUCUCAGCACUGGAAGUGGCGAUUCUCGCAGCGAUUUAAUGAAGGACAUUCGCCAGGGAACCGUUUUGAAACCGGCCAAGGAGCGAGAGCUAGGCAGUCAGAGGAACAGCGACAAUGGAGGCGGUACCGAUGCAUUGGCUGAUGCAUUACGUCGGGCACUGGCGGCACGUGGAAAUGCCAUUCACUCGGACGAGGACGAGACCGAAUCGUCGGACAACGAGGGCGAGUGGGAUUAAGGGAGCUAAAGAUGACAUGAUGCGAUAGGGGCAGGCAGACACUAUUCCAAAUAUAAGCAAUAAUUUAAUUUGUGCUUUGGCAUUUUGGUUUAUCGUUAGAUAAAUCCCUGUAAAUACUGUUAGUGAAUUUUCAUACCUCUUUAAUUUAAUUGUACGAGUUUAACAAACGCAAAAAGUACUAAAGGAUAACCAUAAAUUGAGAAAUUUUAUCAGAAUUUGCCCGCUUUCGUUGGUUCCAGAAUCAUAUUUGCAUAUCCAUAAUUGCUGCUCAAUGAAAUAUGAACUAUACACAUGCGUGUUACUUCAAUUCAAUUAUACAUAUAUAUAUAUAUAUGGGUGAAUAUUACAGACCCCGUUUAGACUACUGUGCCAAAAAAUUUGAGAACACCAAAAUGGAAAACGAGUUUGUGAAGAAAUUAGAAAUUCACCUUAACUGCGAACUGAACAACUGUAAACUGAGCGAUAGAAAUUUAUUAUAGUGAAUAUAUUUUAUAAAUCUAUAACAAAGGAAUGGAUCAAAAGAAAAAUAAACUGUGACUACACUUAUUAAAGCCACAGUUGAUAAUUAUUAAAUUACAAUAUUUAAACUAAUAGAUUUGCCCGCAAUUAACCAUAUACUAAAUUUACAAGUUUGCUCAGUAAUAAUUCACUACUUGUUGAAAUAAUAUUUAACUAAUGAUAUAAAUGUGGCUAAUCCAAUCAAAUAGGCGAUGUAUUCAAUUCAUUUUGACCAUAAGGCUUCCUUGGGCACUGAUGGGCCCGUUAAAGCUGUCUACUACAUCCAGUUACACCCAAUCGAUUAAUGACCUAGUAACUCAUAAGUAUUUUCUUUUUAGUUUGAAUGCAUUUAAUGCAAACUUGUAGUCAUUUUUCUUCUGUGUGUUUGUAUUUAAAUAAAGAUUACGUAUAUGUGUUU